AUGACAGAAAUGACGAAACUGCCUAGUCCUCGAAAUUUGGAUUCGGACAAGCACAGAAUCGAGACAUCGUCAUCUUUAACAUCAUCCGAGGGCGAAAUGAACAAUACAAUACCAUCUUUUAAAGAAAAUCCAGAUUUAGAUAUAUUAUCAGCAGCAGUUACAUCACGCAUCAAAAAUGAAAUCGACUUGGAGGUACUCCUAAAACAUAAGGAAUUGGAGAUGAUCGAAAAGGAACGUGCAAAGAUUAUAGAGCAAAUGAAGAAAGUUGAGAAUGCUGUAAAGAGCGAGGGAGAUGUUAACCUGCGACACCAUCCACAUCAUCCAUCGCUUGGUGGCUUAUCCAUCACUAUUCCUAAUAGAAUGGCAAACCAAUCACUAGAAGGUGUCAAGAGCUAUAAUAAUGGAGGAGAAGCAGUGGCGCUGCACACACGAUCAAUGUCAAGUGAUGGUUCUUUUCAACUGCUAUAUCAACCUACACAUGCACACCCACAUCCACAUCUAGCACCCGCAUCACACCCAUUUCCAAUUAAUCCUGCAUUUGCAUUUGCAUCAUCAACUUUGAAUCCAAGUCAUCCUUCUCUGUCAAAUAAUGCCUCAGGGUCAUUUCCAGGUCCAGCUCACGCUUCAGCAUCAACCUCGCAUUAUAGAACUCGUUCAUCAACUUCCAUGUCGUCUGGCUGUCUUUAUCAAAGGUCUGACGGCAAAAUAGUGAAAAUAACGUGUCCCAAUUGUCAAAGAAGUAAUUUCUUGAGUAUACAAGGUUUUCUAAAUCAUUGUAGAAUAGCUCACUCGAAGGAGUAUAUGAGUCAAGAGGCAGCAGCGUUGGAGUGCGGCGAAGAAGUCGAUAUGGGCUUGGGAGGGGAAUGGAGUAAUGACACAGAUGGUGGCGCAAGCACUGCUGGUGGUGGUGGUGAGUUGGAAUAUGACGGGUGGGGAGCAAGGUUUUCGUACCCCUCAUAUGAUUCGCCAGAUACGACAAACUUGUCUGAUACAAAUGCAAAGGAGACCAGGGCCACCUCUUUUGAAGCUACUAAUGACACAACUGGAAUUGGAGAGAACGGAGAGGCAGCAAAACAUAAACUCGGCGAAGAAGAACUAUUGAAAAAAAUGAUGAGACAGGGCAAGAUGGAAAAGACCAAGUUUGAAGAAUUGAUUAAGCUGAUGAAACGACCUGUUCAAAAUGCACAUUUAUUUGAAGAUGAAGUUGAUGAAGAGGAUGGAGAAGAGGAUGGUGAAAAGGAUGGUGAAGGGAAUAGCCAAGAUGUUAAUGAAAAUAACUCCAAGAAGCCACAGGAAAAUAAUGCAACUUCUUUAGCAGAGGAAAGCGAAAAGAAGCAUAUUGAAGGUAGGAGUAAGGAAACAAAGGUAGUAAAUGACAAAGAAAGUAUUAGAAGUCCCGAACGGAAACGAAGGCAAUCUAGAGGUGGCAUCAAUAUCAGCAUAGAGGUAAUGAAAGAAAAGCAAGCAGAAGAGGCAGAAGAGUCUAAAGAGUUUAAAAAGUCUAAAGAGUCAGAGACGAAAACAGAAUUAGACACUGAAGCAAAUGAAGAGGGAAAUAAAAAGAAGAAAAAGUUGAGAAAAUAG